CAUUCGAUUUUUAGUAAGAGAACAACUGUCACAUGAUUUUCACCUGACUGACAUUUUUCUUCGCGAAUUUCUUCAAUAAGUUAAACGACGACAAUUGUAUUAAAAAAAAACUAAUUUUCCCUUUGGAAAAUUAUAGAAAUUCAAACGAAAUUUGUUGGUCUAAUUUUUAAAAAACAUCAAAAUGAAAAUCUGUGGUCCUAAACUAUCCCUCUGCGGCUUGAUCAUCUCCAUUUGGGGCAUUAUUCAAUUGGUUUUGAUGGGUUUGUUCUUUUACAUACACAGUGUGGCCUUGAUUGAAGAUUUGCCCAUUGAGGAAGAGUAUCACAGUUUGGAGGCUUUCUAUACUGAUGCCAAUGCUGCUUACAACCAGAACGCCUACAACUGUUGGAUUGCUGCCUGUAUUUAUGUCUUGACUCUGUUGCUCUCUGCCCAACAGUUCUACGUUAACAGUAGAGUAACUGCCAACUAAAUACAAUAAAACACAGAGACAGUCAAAUGCACAUUCUUUUUCUACAUACCAACCUGCAGUGUUUGUUACCUUUUACAAAGGAAAGAAAUUUAGUUUACACAAAUCGAACAUCAAUCAUAAGUAGCUUAAAUUUAUAGUCGUCGUUUUACCAAAAAAAAGAACACCUUGCACAAGUUGGGAAAAGUGUAAAAAGAAUGCAGGCGUUUAACAAAAAUUAAUUUAGUUGCAAUUACCUCUUCUUCAUCAAUCCUAAGCAGAAACAUCUUGAAACAAUGACGAUCAUCAUUAUUAGUUUUCUAAUAACAUCUAAACUAAUUUCUUUAUUAUUUUUUUAAAUUCAAUAAAAAACAUGUAUUUUUUAAUAAUUUCUUUAAUUUAGUAAAUUGUUAACAUGUUUUUCUUGUUCUUCAAUGUUUUUGUGUUUUCAUUUUUCAAAACUUAAUGCAUGUGAUUCUCUAUUUGUUGUCAAAGAAAUUAAACUGAAAAAAUCUACAUUCCUUAAGAUCGUCAUUGGAUUGCGUCCUAAUUAUUACAAUAUAUAAUUUUAAUUAUAACUAAAUCUUUCAUAUAUUGUCAAAGUUUUCAAAGUAUUUUUUCUCUUUAAGUUAAUUUGUUUUUUUUUUAAAUUUUUUUUGUUUAAUUAUUUUUAGUAAUUGUUGUUUAAAUACUUAAAUAAAAAUCUUAAAAAACAACCAUUAAGGAAAAGUCUUAAAUUGGCCAACAAAAAUAUAUAAACAUAUUUUUUUUGUUUAAACUACCAAACAAUGUCAAAUAUUUAUUACAAAUCUUUAAAAUAGAAGGGAAACAUAUAAAUAUUUUCAAAAUUUAAUAAUAUUAUUCUUGGAAAAAUACUAUUGUAAAAUUUUUAAUAUUAAAUAUAUGUGUGUACUUGUGUGUGUGUGUUUUUAAAAGUUUUGUAAUAUUAUUUAACAUGGAAUAUUGAAUAAUUUGUUAAAUUUUGUUUUUAUUGGUGUUUUUCCUUUUGUUAAGAACAAACUCCGAUUUUUUCCCUUUUUGCAGAGAUAAAUGUUUAUGUACAUUAUUUUAAGCGUUAAAUUGUAUAAUUACUGGUGUAUAUUCAAUAACAAAAAGUAACUUUAAUAAAAACUAUAUAUAUUAUAUAUAAAAACAAGUAAACAAGAACAAACAA